UUUUCUUGAUCAAAAUUAAAUUGAAAAUUGAAAAUAAAAAUAUUAAAGCAAUCUCUCUCACUCUCUCUCUCCCACAAAUAAGCCACCGAUUCAUCGAUCAUCUCUCUCCCACUCCCCUCUCUCUCUCUCCCUGUCGGAUUGAAGUUGUCACGCCGCGACAGGGAUGUGGAGGCUGAAAAUCGCCGAAGGAGCUGAUCCGUGGCUGCGGAGCGUGAACGGCCACGUCGGUCGGCAGAUUUGGGAGUUCGAUCCCAAUGGCGGAACUCCUGAGGAGCUCCAGAGGAUCGAGAACGCCCGCGAGAACUUCUCCAUGCACCGUUUCAAGAAGAAGCACAGCUCCGAUUUGUUGAUGAGGAUUCAGUUUUCAAAAGAGAAUUCAGGAAGAACUGUUCUACCACAAGUUAAGGUUCUAGAUACAGAAGAAAUGACAGAGGAUACUGUGACGCAGACAUUAAAAAGAGCUAUAGAUUUCCACUCAACUAUCCAGGCACAUGAUGGACAUUGGCCUGGGGAUUAUGGAGGUCCUAUGUUUCUAAUGCCUGGCUUGAUGAUAACCCUUUCUAUUACCGGAGCACUAAAUGCUGUCUUAUCAGAGCACCAUAAACAAGAGAUGCGGCGUUAUCUGUACAAUCAUCAGAAUGAAGACGGUGGGUGGGGUUUACACAUCGAGGGGCCAAGUACCAUGUUUGGCUCUGUCUUGAACUAUGUCACACUUAGGUUACUUGGAGAAGGACCUGAUGAUGGAGAUGGGGCUAUGGCGAGAGGGAGAAAAUGGAUCCAUGAGCAUGGCAGUGCUACAGCAAUCACGUCAUGGGGCAAGAUGUGGCUUUCAGUGCUUGGAGCUUUUGAAUGGUCUGGGAACAACCCACUGCCCCCUGAGAUAUGGCUUCUUCCUUACACGCUUCCAUUCCAUCCAGGAAGGAUGUGGUGCCACUGCCGGAUGGUUUAUUUGCCAAUGUCAUACUUAUAUGGAAAGAGGUUUGUUGGUCCUAUCACCCCGACAGUCUUGUCUUUGAGAAAGGAACUGUAUACGGUCCCUUAUCAUGAAAUUGAUUGGGAUGAAGCACGGAAUUUAUGCGCAAAGGAAGACUUGUACUAUCCUCAUCCAUUGGUGCAAGAUCUACUUUGGGCAACUCUCCAUAGGUUCGCAGAGCCCAUUUUGUUGCGGUGGCCAGGGAAAAAAUUGAGAGAAAGGGCUCUUCGCACAGCAAUGGAGCACAUACAUUAUGAAGAUGAAAAUACUCAUUAUAUCUGCAUAGGUCCAGUUAACAAGGUGCUAAAUAUGCUUUGUUGUUGGGUGGAAGAUCCAAACUCAGAGGCUUUUAAGUUGCAUCUCCCAAGGAUUAAAGAUUAUCUCUGGGUUGCCGAAGAUGGCAUGAAAAUGCAGGGUUAUAAUGGAAGUCAGCUCUGGGACACAGCAUUUUCUGCUCAAGCAAUUAUUGCAACCAACCUUACUGAAGAGUUUGGUCCAACUUUAGAAAAGGCACACAUGUUCAUAAAAAAUUCCCAGGUUCUAGAUGACUGCCCAGGUGAUCUUGAUUUUUGGUAUCGGCAUAUCUCCAAAGGUGCAUGGCCUUUCUCGACUGCUGAUCACGGGUGGCCCAUUUCUGACUGCACAGCAGAAGGACUGAAAGCCGUGCUGUUAUUGUCGAAAAUCCCAUCAGAGAUAGUUGGAGAGCCAUUAGAAGCUAAGCGGUUAUAUGAUGCUGUAAAUGUGAUCCUAUCCUUGCAGAACAAUGAUGGUGGCUAUGCAACUUAUGAGUUGACAAGAUCCUACAGUUGGUUGGAGUAUAUCAACCCUGCUGAAACUUUUGGAGACAUCGUUAUUGAUUACCCUUAUGUCGAAUGCACAUCAGCUGCAAUUCAAGCUCUUACAUCAUUUAAGAAACUAUAUCCUGGUCAUCGGCGGGAAGAAGUAGAGCAUUGCAUUGACAGAGCUGCGAAGUUCAUUGAAAAGAUACAAAAAUCAGAUGGCUCAUGGUAUGGCUCCUGGGGAGUUUGCUUCACCUAUGGUACGUGGUUCGGGAUUAAAGGACUGGUGGCUGCUGGAAGGAGCUAUGGCAGUAGUGCUUCUCUCUGUAAAGCUUGCGAAUUCCUGCUGUCCAAACAGGUCGCUUCUGGUGGAUGGGGAGAGAGUUACCUUUCAUGCCAAGACAAGGUGUAUUCAAAUCUUGAGGGCAACAGGUCACAUGUAGUAAAUACUGCGUGGGCAAUGCUUGCUCUUAUCGAUGCUGGACAGGCUGAGAGAGAUCCGAGACCUCUGCACCGAGCUGCUAGAUGCUUGAUAAACGCUCAAAUGGAGGAUGGGGAUUUCCCUCAGGAGGAAAUAAUGGGAGUAUUCAACCGGAACUGCAUGAUCACUUAUGCGGCCUACAGAAACAUUUUCCCGAUCUGGGCUUUGGGAGAGUACCGAUGUCGGGUUCUGCAGGCUCGCUGAAAGGGCAGCCCUUCUCCGUCCUUAAUAGGCCGAUUGUAUUGUCUGUUUUGUUUCUAGUUUGUUUUUGUAAAAUCAUGAGGUGUUCCAUCUGACAUUUCCUAGGAAAGAAAAGAGUGGCCGUCCAAGAAAGGUUCGGGAAGGGUGAGCGACUCUUGGUCGAGUAUGUUGCAUUAUAACAGAAUGCUCUGAUAUGUUUGUAGGGGUCGCAACGCUACUCGAUAUUUAAUCAAUGAAGUUUCUGCUUCUAUGCAUCAGCAUCAGAAGUAGCAGCUGCCUCAUUCAGAAUAUGACGUGUGAGAGGGAGUGUUAUAUAUGUUCUCUUUCUUAGAACGCUCUGUUGUUCCUUGAUAUCA